AUUAUUAAAACCAACAAAAUGCGUCACGUUUUACGUCAAUAAUUAAUUAUUUAUUUAUUUCUACAAUCGCUAAAUUACAAAAUUUGUAUAAAUACUGUCUUAAUUUGAUACCGAAGCAUUCUCAAUACGACCAUAAUCAAGGGAGCAAAGAAAUGAAAAAAAUCAUCCUAUUUUUGGGCCUCAUCGGAGUAGCUGUGGGCAAAAGAGAUAUACAACAAACUAUCCUUGGCGGGCAGGAUGCUCCCGAAGGAUUAGCUAACUGGCAGGCGUCUAUAAGAUUCGGUUAUUGGCAACACAAUUGCGGCGCUAGUGUCCUCAAUGAAAGAUGGCUUUUAACUGCUGCUCACUGCAUGUACAGUUACGGGCAAUAUCUAUCAAUGUUGAGCGUGGUGGUCGGUACCAACCAUCUUAGAUCGGGAGGUCAAAGAUACAACCUCGAGUCGUACAUACUUCACGAGAACUACAACCCUUCGACUCAGGCCAACGACCUGUGUUUAUUAAAAACAACUACACCAAUCGUUUACAACGAUAAAGUUCAACCAGCCGUAAUGCCAACCCAGGAAACGCCACCCGGCUCCAACCUCAUGUUGACUGGAUGGGGAGAAAUGGGAACUGAUGGCGACAUUCCCGAUAAUCUGCAAAUGUUAAACUUCACAUCUAUAGGCACCAAUGAAUGUGAUCAGAAAUACAAGGAAUUCUACGGAAAACGUGGAAAGUCUUUCCCUAUCACUGACAAACAGCUCUGUAUGACUGCCAAGCAAGGGACCGGAGGAUGUAAGGGAGACUCUGGUGGUCCCAUCGUUAAAGAUUUGUCGUUAGUUGGUGUCGUGUCUGUUGGUGUUGUACCCUGCGGCUAUGGUGUACCAGAAGUGUCGACUAAUGUGAUCAAAUACGUUCCUUGGAUCAAGCAACAUACGGGAAUGUAAAUUUCAAGAGCCCUUUACGGGCUGUACCAAACUAGCAGAAUAGCAGAAUAAAUAUUAUUUUAAUAA